GGUUCCUCCCAUUUCUGGCAAGUAGAUGAAGAGGAACUAAAGCCGGCUGCCUCCACACAUAGGCAAAUCUCGCAUGCGAAUGCGUUAAUAUUUUCCCCGACAGUUUUGCAAUAAAGAGCGUCUUUUCAAACGGAAGAUAUGUCGACAAGACCGGGAUUCUACCGGCAAGAACUAAACAAGACUGUCUGGGAGGUGCCAGAGCGAUACCAGAAUCUCACACCGGUUGGAUCGGGGGCAUAUGGCUCCGUAUGCUCAGCAUAUGAUGUGCGUCUUCGUCAGAAAGUGGCUGUUAAGAAGCUCUCCAGACCCUUCCAGUCUCUCAUCCACAGCAGAAGAACGUACAGAGAACUGAGACUGCUCAAACACAUGAAGCACGAGAAUGUUAUUGGACUGCUGGAUGUUUUCACCCCAGCAGCUUCUCUUGAAGAAUUCAAUGAGGUCUAUCUUGUGACCAACCUGAUGGGAGCGGAUCUCAACAACAUUGUCAAAUUUCAAAGACUGUCAGAUGAACACGUACAGUUCCUCAUCUAUCAGCUUCUCCGGGGCCUUAAGUACAUCCACUCAGCUGGCCUGAUCCACAGAGACUUAAAGCCCAGCAAUGUAGCGGUGAAUGAAGAUUGUGAACUCAGGAUCCUGGAUUUUGGAUUAGCCAGGCAGACAGAUGACGAAAUGACGGGUUACGUGGCGACUCGCUGGUAUAGAGCACCCGAGAUCAUGCUCAACUGGAUGCAUUACAACCAGACAGUGGAUAUCUGGUCUGUUGGAUGCAUCAUGGGUGAACUUCUGAAGGGGAAGGUUUUGUUUCCUGGCAACGAUUAUAUUGAUCAGUUAAAGAGAAUCAUGGAGAUGGUAGGCACUCCCACCCCUGACGUUUUGAAGAAGAUUUCCUCCGAACAUGCUCAGAAGUACAUCCAGUCUCUUCCGCACAUGCCCCAGCAGGACCUGGGGAAGAUAUUUAGAGGGGCAAAUCCACUGGCUGUUGAUCUGCUGAAAAAAAUGCUGGUGUUAGACUGUGACGGGAGGAUCUCAGCCAGUGAAGCUCUGUGCCAUCAGUACUUUUCCCAAUACCACGAUCCUGAAGAUGAACCGGAGGCACCUCCGUACGAUCAGACCCCUGAGAGCAAGGAUCGCACACUGGAGGAGUGGAAGGAGCUGGUGUUUGAAGAAGUAAACAAUUUCAAAGAUCCUCCCAAAAAAACUGAAAGCCUUCAGGUUGAACAAUAAAACUACAAUCCAGGAAGAUACCAACCUCGCCACUGUCCGCCCUUCAAACAUACGAACUACAGGAUUGAUGGACAUAUGAACAGACUGCAGUCCGACCAGAGACAAUGACAAUGUAUUUCCAAGGCAUGACGCCCUUCCUGUAUGUGGGUGUGUGUUCAUACACCCAUUUAAUUAAGAGCAAAACAUGACUGGUAUUGUUGGAACAUAAAAAAAAGUAUUAAUAUUACAAGGUGCAUGUUGUGCGUGUGUGUGUGUGUGUGUGCGCAGAGUUGUGUGUUUUGAGUGUUUUUUAUAUUUGAUGUGAGACAGGUGUCUAGGAGAAAGCAGGGUAUGGUGUCUUUCGUACAAGACCAAAAUAAAUUAAGCAAAAGGAGGAGAAGGCCACACUGGAGAAAAAUAUGUUUACAAUAUUGGACGGAGUGGGAUGUGUCUCUUAAAAAGUUUAUAUAUGCAUCAGUGUACAAAAGUCUCUGCAUAAAAUCAAAUCAGUUACGCAAUCUGUCUUAACUCAUUUUGCAUUUGCAAGGCUAUUUGAAUAUAACAUACCUCGAACGCAUCAUGUUUUCGCACUGAUUCACAUGUCAGGUAAAAAUAUUAAUGAGUUGUUUUGUUUAAAA